AUGAUAAACAUAUUGUUUAUUUCUUUAAUCUCUUUUGUGAAUACACUAUCAUUGAAAUAAGUUUUAUUGGCAAUAGAUUGUGGAGGAUAAGAAUCAUUUAAUUCUAAUGAGGGUUAUCUUUAUUAAGAUGUAUUAAGAUAUUACUAUUUAAGGAUUAAUAUUUUAGUGGAGAUUCUAGAGUAUCUGAUUACACAUAUAAUGAUGUAGCAUUAGCUGGAAUUUCAUAUACUUUUAAUCCAAGAGUUUAUUUUACUGAAAGACAUGGAAAUUCUUUUGAUUAUAGCAUUCCAAUAAAUAAAAAUGGAUAAUAUACAAUUAUUUUGUAAUUUGUUGAAGUAAAUUAAUAAAUUUACUAAGUUAUAUUUUGAAAAUGAGGGAGAGCGUCAAUUUGAUGUUUUUGUUGGGACAAAAAAAAUAUUAAAUAAUUUAUCAAUUAUUGAUAGUAAGCAUCAAAAAGGAUCUGCAAAAGAAGUAUUCAUUUACAUUGAGAUCAAAGACGAUAAAGUGUUUUAUGAUAAUGAAGAGUGCAAUAAAGGGUAUAUAUAUUAAAGUUAUAUUUAGUUUUAUGAAUGGAAAAUUAAAAAUUGGAUUUAGAAAAGGAGCUGCUGAUUUACCUAAAAUUGAUGGAAUAGUGAUUGUUAAAGGACAUAAUGCAGGAGAAGAAGAAAAAAAUUAUUUAAUCGAUAAUUGGGAAGUAAUGUAAGAAGAAAACAGAAAAAAAGAAGCUGAAUUAAAAAGAGCAGAAUUAGAAGCUUAAAAUAUGAUUGUGCCUGAUUUAGUAGAAGAAGAUGUAUUUAUAUUAAAUUAUUUUAUUAUAGUAAGGCGAAGGCUUUUUUUCAUUCUUAUUAUCCCCUAUUGGAAUAGGAAUCAUUACUUUUGGAUUAGCUGUAUUUGCAUUUUUGAUAUUCACAGGGGAAAAAGAAGAAGAAAAUAAUAAAAAAAAAAAUAAGAAAGAUAAGAAAGAUAAGAAAAAGUGAUUAAUUUAUUAUUAGUAAACAGAGU